AUGCUAAGGUCUCCAUUUGCAGUAAUAGGUCAAAAUCUCUACAGUCCAAGGAGCAAUGUAUCGAGUCAUCAAAAUGAAGAGGACGCCAAAGAUUCGCACGCCAAUGGCUCUAGCAAUAAAACCGAAGUAACAUUUCUUAAGAAGGAUGAUCCGAAGAUACUCGCAUUGAUGCAACAAGCGGAACUACUGAGCUCGCUGGCACUCAAAGUCAAUUCCGAAAAACGAGCAUUCUUGUAUGGAGGAAUUCAGCCAAUAUCGAUCCCUCUUUUGCAAUAUUCUUGGAGACGGAGAUGCCAAAUUUCUGAGAUGGAGAUUCAGCUCGAGAAUUUUAAGCAAUCUGCAAAUGAAUUAAAAAGCAUUAAUGAAUGCAGUCAACCAUCUUGGAGGCAACCUGCUUUAUCAGAAGAGUCUGCAGGCAGCUCGGAGUAUAGCACGGGAUCAACUUUACUAGCCCACGGGGUUGGUGAUAAUAGAGAAAAGAGCGAAGCCGAGCUAUGUGCAUUGCAUCAGGAUAUUGAAUCAGGAUUACAAUCAACCCACAUUGAUGAUGAAUUUGCCAAAGGAAUUUCUGGGAAUAAUGCCUCGACUUCUCAAGCUUGUGACAAAGUUAAUCCCGUUAAUGAGACCAUAUGUGAGUAUUCAAAUGAAGAAUGUUGUUCCCCUCUUCAAGUAACCCCGAUGUUCAGAUCACUAGCAGCAGCUAUUCCCAGCCCAAAAUUUUCAGAAAGUGAGAGACAAUUCCUACUAAAAAUGCUUGGAAUGGAAUCUACGUCUCUGAAUCCAAGCAUCAAUCCUUCUCAUCCUCCAUCGUGCAAGAUGGCCCUCCUCCAUAGAACUUACGAUUCUGCGGGGCUCAACCACCAUGACUUUUCGUCCAAAAAUUUCAGGCAUGUGUAGAUUUUUUUAAAAGCCAGUUUUCCAUUGGAUUGCAGUCAUUAUGACCUGAGUUUUUACAAAGAGGCCAUGAAGAUCUGGUCCCAAAGACCACAAUCUAGAAUGCAAUGGAGCAUCCUAGUAUUUCCCGAAUAUCUGAUAAGAUGGUCUGCAUCCUUUCUCAACUUACCAGCCUAUAUAAUACAGUGUCUUAGAGUGUUGUUUUUUUGUGUUGUGUCACAUUUUUUUGUGUGUUGUAUGGGAUAGUUGGAUAGGGCAUCCAAUAACGUUCCCAUAAGGCUUUUUACGGUAUUUAUAUGUCAAUUGUACAGAAUAUAUAGAAUGUAGUUACAGAUUGACACAUCGCCAAUGAUAUAGAACAUAUCAAAAAGAAGAAUACAUUGAUAGAAGAGAGGAGGAUCAACAUCAACCAGUUGAACUGACCCCUCCCUCCCUAGCGUUUUUGCUUCGUGUGCAGAGUUA